AUGCCUCUCCAUCUUCUCGGGAAGAAAUCAUGGAACAUCUACAACACCGAGAACAUCGAACGUGUCAGGCGCGACGAGGCGCAAGCGAAAGCCCGCGAGGAAGAGGAUGAACGUCUUAUGCAAGAGGCCGAUGCCGAGCGCAGAAUCAAGAUCCUUCGUGGCGAGCGUCCGCCGACACCUCCACCACCCCCCUCGCUCCCAUCAUCUGAGCAUGGGCUUCGAUCUGAUAGAAAGUCCGACGACGCUGGUAGGUCCCGCAAAAGAAGGCGGGUCACCGGAGAAAACGACACGGAUCGAGAUAUACGUUACGCACGGGAAGAUGCAGAACAAGCAGCUGCCAAACGGGAGGAGCUGAUGCUCGCCUCUCGCAAGACGGAUGCACCGAUCACAGACAAGGCUGGCCACAUCAACCUGUUCCCAGCUGCAAGUGCUAAAACCGAGAAAAAUCGCGAAGCAGAGGCGGAAUCAGCACGGAAGAAACGGAGCUACGAAGAUCAAUAUACAAUGAGAUUUUCCAACGCCGCGGGCUUCAAGGAGUCAGUUGGCAAAAACCCGUGGUACUCCUCUAGAGACCAGACUGCUACUGCGCCAGGGGCCAUGCCUGAGAAAGAUGUAUGGGGCAACGAGGACCCAAGGCGCAAAGAGAGAGUGCAGGCUCGGAUGAGCGCGAAUGACCCACUUGCAGCCAUCAAACGGGGUGUCCGUCAGUUGAGGACAACCGAGCAGGAACGGAAGCGGUGGCAUGACGAAAAACGAAGAGAGAUAGAGGUUCUGAAAGACGAGGAGGCGCGUCAGUCGACUCGACGGCGUAGGCGAUCCACAUCAGUAGGCAGCCUCGAUGGGUUCAACCUCGACUCCCCAGACAGGGCACACGAGAAGAGCCAGAGAAGCUCUGAGCGACCUCAUCGUCGCCAUCGAGACCGAAUCCGAGAUCGCUCACAUCACCGUUCUCGUCGCAGCAGCUCCCACCGCAGUCAUCGUCAUCGUCACGAUGAACGUACUGCAACUCCUGGCCGGUCGGAAAGGCCUGAUGCAAUGAAUCAUUGA